UUCUUGCAACCUAGUCAACUGUAUGCUUAAGGAGGCCCCAGCUCAUUGUCUUGUUGCCCUUCGACAAGGACGGUCUAACAUUCUCUCCGUAGAUAUUUUUAAUCAGUAACACGAAAUAAGAAGAUACGCCAGGGAAAGAAAGAAGAAACUCCCUCGGUUAGUUGAGUAACAGCGAGACAAAUCUGAAGGUUUUUGUAACCUGCAUUUCAACCAAAUCGAAUAAUAAAUAAUUUAGCAGUAUAAAAUAUUGGCGUUUGAUAAAUAACGUGUACAUACCCUGCAACAGGAAAGAUGAUGGAUGAAAUUUUACCGCUUAAAAUGAAAGGAGACGACCGGAGCGUGCUGGAACGUGAGACCGGGCCAUCUUCUAAGGUGCUGGUGACGGGAUGGGCAGACAUGGCGCUCAGCCACGCGUCGUACCCCUUCGUGCACAAGUGUCACGGCCUCGCCAUCUUCCUCAAGGACAGCCUCCGUCGGGGCUACUAUGUCAUGAUGAUCGACUUCCUGCAAGGCAGAAAGGUUGUGGACAUUAAAGUGAACCCUGCUCUGUCUUACGAGCGCAACGAACUGCACCCAACGGCCCACACCAUCGUCGAACAGGAAUCGGAAGACGCUGUCGGGUUCGUCUUCAAAGACUCUCUCAAGGCGAACAUGUUCUACGACGCUGUCACCGAGAAGAUCAAACAUCUCAGGACAAAACGCGAAACUAAAAUCGGCGCAAUGGGAACGCGGCCUGUUGCUGGGAGCGACUUCACCGUGGCACGAACUCCUGCCCCAACACUUGCUGAAACCCCAGUUAAAUCUCCUAAGAAGAUAAGGACGAGCAAGAAUAAAUUAGAAGCUCUACCUGACCUGCCACCACCCAACCCUGCUGAACUGGGUCCUGUCGAAGGGGAGACUGUCCUGUCCAAUGGGAAUAAGCUCUUUAAGAGACUGCCGAAAAAACCAAAACAGCAGCCGAACGGAAGGCCCUCAGGUUUACCGCUUAAUAAACCUAACAUUGACGAUGAUCCGGAAAAGUUUCGAGACAGUCCUGUUCAACCAAAGCUACCGACUAAACCAACGCUGAAGAAUUGCAACAUUGGCCAAGGCAUUACUCUAGCUCCAUCCUCACUACCAUUUAAUUCAAGAAGCCAUUCCCAAUCGUCCAGCUCACCUUCAUCACCCCCCAUUGAUGAACUCAACUCGAGGAAUCUUCCUCCUAAACCUGCUGUGAACCGCAACAAAAAGCCCAACAUUCGUCAGAGUGGCACUCCACCAUCAACGGUGGUCUCGCCAACAUCUCCUAUGGGGUUCGACCCAUCUCAAAUCCUCGAAUUCAAGAAAUUUCCCAAGAAAUCUUUCACCAAUGCAUCCCAUUCUAGCAAUUCGCCCUCCGCAUCUCAGGAAAUGACAAGCGGAAACACGAGUAAUAAUGACCUGUUCAUGAAGAACGUCCGUAUUCGAAGGUCUGCCUCGACCAAAGAGGAUACUAACAUCACUAAACUCAAGGUUCAACCAACUGCUUAUGGGAAAACAUCACCAAAGCAUCAGAACAACACAAUAACAGAUGCAAAUAACUUGAGAGCCUGUGACUCUCCCCCUCCUCCACCGAUUCCGUCUCAAAUCGACCAUCUGCCAUUGAAAAAUUUAUCCAUCCACGCAGACUCGUUUGCAGGCUCAGAGAAUGAGAAUUUCCCUCCCCCACCACCAUUAUCCGAGCUUCGGGAAGAAUUCAAUGCUCAAUAUCCAAUGAAUGCAUCUCAGCUUAACUGGAACGCUAACAGCAACCCGAAUUCCAGUCCCGAGGGACAACCAAAAUCGGCUCCGUUCACCCAAUGCAGUGAUCCACGAGGAGGGCUGUUGGCCGCCCUGCAAAGUAACAACCCAACAGGCCGCUUGAGGAAGGUGUCUGCUCCAGUUCAGAGUGAACUCCAGAAAGAGUCUUUGCGAACCAAUAAUAUGAUGGACAUAUUGAAGCAAAGCCUCGACGCACGCCGAGGAGCUAUCGAUAACAUAUACAAAACAACUCCCGAAGAUGACUCAGAGGACGAUUGGAGUGGAUAAAUCUCGUUCGCUAGAUGGUUCAAUCUGUUUAAAUUAAGAGUUAUUGGAGUAUCAAGUUUCUAGAUUACGUUUGAAACAAUUUAUCUCUAACCAGUACAAUGUGGUAGAAACACUCAUUGCAUACGAACUAAAAUUAAUGGGCGUGACGCUUAUUAGUGAGGAGCAAAAAUGAGAAAAUUGCAAAUUUUUCAACACGGAUGAGUUUGCUAAAGAUUUACCACAUUGUCAAUAGCGUGUGUAAUCUCAUUAAUUGCGGCAAAAGGAAAAUUUGAUGUGUGGUGAACUUCAGUUGAAUCAGUACAUAAUGGAGUCAAUCCAUGAUUAAAUUAUGAUCAUAAUCAAUACAUAGAAUGGCAUGUUUACUAUUCUGUAAUUUGAAUUAGAAUGUAAAGAGUAACAACUUAAUUUUUUGUUAUUUGCUAGCAAGCUGCUCUGCUGGUACAUCGGUUAUUUAAUUCAAAUUUGAAAUCACAAACCCUGUGCAGGUCAGGAAACAGAAAAAAAGGAAGCAACAAAAUAAAGAAAAAUUUAUAAUAUUAGG